AUGGCAUGGUCUUUGGAAACUGAUGGAUUUCUGAAAGCUCUAACAUGUAUGGUUUGGGAUGGGGUUGGCCAAGAGACAUGCUCAGUGAUAACAGGACAAAUUUUGUUGGAGGCAACAAUGAAUUGCAAGAGUUGGUACAGCAUUUAGAUCAAGACAUAAUUCAGCAUAUGACAUCAAAUAACGGGAUUCGUUGGCAUUGGAAUCCACCAUUAGCACAUCAUUUUGGGGGUGUCUUUGAACGAAUGAUUCAAUUGUUAAAGACGAAGUUAAAGUCAAUGUUAAAGACGAAGAAUUAUUGAUGGUGUUCGCGGGAGUCGAAAGUUUGUUAAAUUCAAGACCUUUAAGGGAGAGGUGGAUGCGAGAGUAUGUUACAAGUAUUGGAUCAUGUAAGAAAUGGUUGGAUCGAGAAGAGAACUUAAAGGAAGGAAACAUUGUGUUGGUAGUCGAUCCAGACACUCCUAGAAGAAACUGGAACGUUGGGAGAAUCGUUGGUGUAAAUCCCAGUGGUGAUGGACUAGUGAGAGUUGUACGUAUCGAAGAUCAAUAUCUCGAAUCUCUCGGUUGGAAUUUGUAG